GAAAUUAUAUACUUGGUUUCAGACCUCCGCUGGCUUGACCUGCCCUGUGUGACCCCUCUGUGUGACCCCUGAGUGAGCCAAGGCCGUAGCAGGAUGGGUGACACAGCGCUGAAGUCCUGGGUGGGUCAGCAGUUGCACCGAGUGAUGGGGAUGAGCGACGCCACGCUGGCUGAGUACCUCAUUGAGCUGUCCCGCCGCCUCCCCGCCCAGGUGCUGGAUGAGCUGAGGGAGGAGGUGCCUGUUGACGGGAAGAUUGAGGCGUUUGUUGAGGAGCUGUACAGGCGUGUUAAUGAUGUCGGCAGCAGCAGCAGCAGUGGCAGAGGUGGCACAUCACAGAGGAGAGAGGCAGGGCGGGCUGGACAGAGGAAGCGCAAGGCAGAGGACAGCUCAGACUCUGAAGGGGAGGGCCCACAGCUGCUGAGCCAGCCGGGGAGAGUGAAGGAGCUGACGGAGGAGCAACAGCGCAUGAUGGACCUGACGGAGCGGGACGAGUACGCCAAGCGGCUGCGGGAGCGAGACGAGUCACGGACCAAGAACGUGGCAGAGAAGGUUGAUCAGAAGGCAUUUGAGGAAGCAGCGCGGCGCCUGCAACUGGAGAAGGAGGACCGGACCAAGGCCCUGCCCAAGCUGCGGGUGGAGUCACGGCGGAAGUAUCUGGUGAAGCGAAAGGACGACAAGAUCAGAGAGCUGGAGGCAGACAUUCAGGAUGAGGAGUACCUGUUUGAGGACAAGGACCUCUCAGAGAAGGAGCGCCGGGAGCGAGAGCACCGGCGCACGGUGCUGCAGCUGGCCAAGGACUACGAGAAGGUGCGGGAUGCUGAGAACGUGCAGCGCUACGUCAUGCCGGAGGAGGGUGCCAGCGUGGACGACUCCUAUGUGGAGGUGGAUGAGAGGGAGAAGAAGCGCGGCUAUGAACAGCGCAAGUGGGAGGAGGACCAGAUGCGUGGGACGUCACUUUCCUUUGGGGCACGGGACAAGGCCCAGCACCACCAUGACAAGGAGUACAACCUGGUGCUGGAGGAUGAGAUAGAGUUCAUCAAGUCCCUGCCACUCAAGGGAACACGCAAAAAGACCAAGAAGAAAAAGAAGAAGAAGGAAGAGGACUCCGAAUCCAGCUCAUCCUCAGAUGAUGAUGAGGAGGAGGAGGAGGAGGAAGAGGAGGAGGAGGAGGAUGUGAUGAAGGCUCCAGACAACUCCAAGAUGAGCAUUCAGGAGGUGAGACGCAGCCUGCCUGUGUUUCCGUUCCGUGACUCACUGUUGGCCGCCAUCCGGGACCACCAGGUGCUCAUCGUGGAGGGAGAGACCGGCUCCGGCAAGACCACACAGAUCCCGCAGUACCUGUACGAGGCCGGCUACUGUGAUGACGGCAAGAAGGUUGGGUGCACACAGCCGCGGCGUGUGGCGGCCAUGAGCGUGGCAUCCCGUGUGGCACAGGAGAUGGGCAAGAAGCUGGGCAAUGAGGUGGGCUACAGCAUCAGGUUUGAGGACUGCACCAGCGAGCGGACGCGCAUCAAGUAUAUGACGGAUGGUAUGCUGAUGAGGGAGUUCCUGGUGGACCCGAGUCUGGAAGGCUACAGCGUCAUCAUUGUGGACGAGGCACACGAGCGCACGCUGCACACUGACAUCCUGUUCGGCCUGCUCAAGGAUGUGGCGCGCUUCAGGCCGGACCUCAAGUUGCUCGUGUCUAGCGCCACACUUGACUCGGAAAAAUUUUCAGACUUCUUCGAUGAGGCGCCGGUGUUCCAUCCCGGCCGCCGCUACCCAGUGCACAUCUACUACACCCGCAGCCCUGAGGCAAACUACAUCGAGGCGGCGGCGGUGACGGUGCUGCAGAUCCACAUCACACAGCGGCUCGGGGAUGUGCUGGUGUUCCUCACCGGCCAGGAGGAGAUCGAGGCGUGCCAGGAGAUCCUAACGGAGCGUGUCAAGGCUUUGGGCAGCAAGAUCAGGGAGCUCAUCGUGCUGCCCAUCUACGCCAACCUGCCCUCAGAGAUGCAGGCCAAGAUCUUUGAGGCCACACCGCCGGGUGCCAGAAAGGUGGUGCUGGCCACAAACAUCGCCGAGACCUCCCUCACCAUCGACGGCAUCGUGUACGUCAUCGACCCGGGCUAUGCCAAGCAGAACUACUUCAACGCCCGCAGUGGCAUGGAGUCCCUGGUGGUGGUGCCCAUCUCCCGUGCCUCUGCCAACCAGCGGGCGGGCCGAGCAGGCCGGGUGGGACCGGGCAAGUGCUUCCGCCUGUACACCAAGUGGGCCUUUGAGAACGAGAUGGAGGAGAACACUGUGCCUGAGAUCCAGCGCGUCAACCUGGGCAACGUUGUGCUGCAGCUCAAGUCACUCGGCAUUGGGGACCUCAUCAACUUUGACUACCUGGACCCACCGCCGGCUGAGACACUCAUCCUGGCCAUGGAACAGCUGUACGCCCUCAAGGCACUCAACCACAAGGGGGAGCUCACCCUGACCGGCCGCAAGAUGGCCGAGCUACCAGUGGACCCCAUGAUGGGCCGCAUGAUACUGGCUGCUGGGGAGUUUGGCGUGGUGGAGGAGGUGCUCACUUUGGCCGCCAUGCUGUCCGUCAACGGCGCCAUCUUCUACCGGCCCAAAGACAAGGCCAUCCACGCUGACACAGCCCGCAAGAACUUCUUCCACCCGGAUGGGGACCACCUCACCCUGAUGAACGUGUACAAUGAGUGGGCAGGCACAGAGUACUCCUCCCAGUGGUGCUAUGAGGUGUUCGUGCAGUACCGCUCCAUGAAGCGUGCCAGGGACAUCCGGGACCAGCUGGCCGGUCUCAUGGAACGCGUCGAGAUACAGCUCUCCACCAACCCAGCCGACUCCAUGGCCAUCAGAAAGGCCAUCACCGCUGGUUACUUCUACCACGUGGCGCGCUUCAGCAAGGGUGGCAUGUACAAGACAGCCAAAAAAGGCCAGACCGUCAUGAUGCACCCGCAGUCCUGCCUGUGUGAGGACCUGCCGCGGUGGGUGGUGUACCACGAGCUGGUCCUCACCACCAAGGAGUACAUGAGGAACGUGGUGGUGAUUGACGGCAAGUGGCUGCUGGAGGUGGCGCCGCACUACUACCGCGACAAUGAGGUGCAGGACAAUACUUCCAAAAAGAUGCCUAAAGUGAAGGGCAAGGCCAAGGAGGAGCUCACCAAAGAAUAUGCUGACCCUGUAUCAUAGUGUGGCAACACUCUGACCAGGAAACACAGCUUGGGAGGGAAAACCUGACCAUUUACUGCAGGAAAGGAGGAGGAGGAAGGACAAGGCCAAACAGGGUCUUAUCAAGGCACAUUGUGAUUCUAAAGGAUGAUGAAGAAAACAAGACAUGGAGGAAGAGAGCCAGUCUACUGUAAUGUAUGAAGAACAGGAGGAGGAGGAACGGCAAAGAAGAGCUGACCAAGAGUGAAAGAAAACUAGAUGUGGAAAAAAAGAAGACCCAGUUUCUAGUAACAAAUGGAGGAGGAGGAGGAGGAAGAGAAAGAAAAAGGGUAAAAAAAGAGAUGACCAAGAAUGAAGAAAAAUUAGAUGUGGAAAAAGAGAAGUCAAUUGACCAAGACUGAAAGAAAACUAGAUGUAGAAAUAUAAAGAGCCAGUUUACAGUAGAUGAAAAUAUAAACAAGGAAAACCAUGCAAGUAAAUACCAAAUUCACAACAGAGAAGAAAAAGAAAUAGGAUGAAUAGAAGACACAGAAAAGCACAAAUUCACAGUGAGAUAAAGAAACAAAACAAACAGGAGACAAAA